AUGGCUGCAUCUGGUUCUACAGAUGUUAUUGAAGAGGAUGCGGCUGAUUUACAGUUUCCAAAAGAUGAAAUAAAUGUUGAAGCAGAUUGGCUUGAGCUAUCAUAUAAAAUACCAGAAAAAUGUGUUAUAUGCAAGAAAGAAUUGAAAGACGAACCGAUUAUUCGUUGUUAUGAAUGUUCAUGUGUGGAUUUGUGUGUUCAGUGUUUUUCACUCGGCUUGGAAACUCAACAACAUCAAAGUCAUCAUAAAUAUCAAGUCGAUAGAAGACAUGUCCCAAUUUUUUUAACAUCAGAUUGGCCAGCGGAAUUAGAAUUAGAUUUAAUUAAUGCAGUCUUAGAAUUUGGGUAUGGAAAUUGGACCGAUAUUGGUAAAAGAAUAUUAAGCAAAACACCAGAAGAAAUAAGAAUUCACUUCAAUGAGUAUUUUAUUUAUAAUAGAGACAAAUUUGCUAAUUUUCCUGCUUUUGGUAUGAAUAUGCUAGCUUCUGUGAGAAAUAAUCCUCAAUAUAAGUACAAUGCAUUGGCUUUAAGCGAGGAACCACCCAGAUUUCCCAUUAAUACGCCACAAUAUAGGUAUUUUGCUGGUUAUAAUGCAGCUCGCAGCGAUUUCGAAAUUGAAUAUGACAAUUAUGCUGAAAUGUUGGUGACAAAUAUAGACUUUGAAAAAGUUGAAGAUGAAGAUUAUUAUGACAUUGUCACAUGUAGCAACAUAAGGAAUUCUGGCAACGUCUCGGAUAGUGAUAAAAACAACAUUGAUAUCGAUAUCGAUGAAGAUAACAAUGAAAGUGAAGAUGAUGAAAUAAAAAAUGGUGAAAACGAUUCGGAACAAGAUCUUAUCAGAGAAUUAAAAUUGAUCAUGGUGCAACAGUACAAUGAAUGUUUGAAAGAAAGAAUGAGAAGGAAAAGAAUAAUUAAAAAUCAUGGUCUUUUCCUUUUGAGAAAAUUUCCCAUCACUUUAAAUAAAUAUGAAAGUUCGAUAACAAAAUCAGUUCUUGAAAAAUUAUUUCCGUUCAUGCAAUUGGUGUCUGGUCAAAAAUUUGAUUAUAUUUUAGAAGGUUUAGAUAAAGAAAUGGAACUCAAAAGAUAUUUUUGCAGAUUGAAAAAUUUUAGAGAAUGUGGACUGACGAGGUUUUACAGUUGUAAAGUGUAUGAAAAGUUAAAAGCCUCGAGGGAUGAAAUGUUAAAGGAAUUGUCUCAGCUCAAACAAAAUCCUUUGAAAUCAUUGACCACUGUUAACUUACAAGUUAAACCGUUAAUAACGAAAGCAGUAACGAGUACAAGAAAGCCAGCACCACCUUUAAACAUAUUACUUUUACCUGGUUAUGAAAAACUCACCGAAGAGGAAAGAGAAUUGUGUUCGAAUGCUAGAAUAGUGCCUGAAUCAUAUUUUACAUUUAAAGAUUUGUUAAUAAACGAAAACAAUAAGAAUAAUGGUAUAAGAUUAGCAACGGCUCAAUUUGAAAACGCGGAAACUCUCAUUAUAUCCGAAGUUCACAUGCUUCUAGAACAUAGAAAAGCUCAAAAUGAAAGCGCAGAAGAAGAAUUGGAAUUUUCGGACGUUUUUAUGAAAACUCUCACGUACACAAACAGAUUCAGAAAAUUUAAAAACAAAGAAACGAUAUCAUCAGUUCGAAAUUUGUUGAUGCAGAAAAAACUUCAUAAAUUCGAAUUAGCCGCACUCGCGAAUCUAUGUCCUGAAACACCUGAAGAAGCCAAAGCAUUGAUUCCAAGUUUGGAAGGAAGGUUCGAAGAUGAAGAAUUGCGUCAAACUCUAGAUGAUAUUCAAACGAAAAGAAGUUUACAGUAUUAG